UUGUCAACGAUGGAAAGGGGGACCAGAUACUUCACGUUUUGUACAUUCACUGUUGCGCAAUUGAUCCAUCUGUUAUUUCUGACGAUUAUGGGACAAUUUGUGGAGAACUCCAACAACGAAAUCUUUCAGACAAUAUAUGAAGCCAAUUGGUACAGCGGUUCGUCUAGAACGCAGUUAUUGUACGUACUGGUGUUGCGAAAAUGUUUAAAUCCGCCUGUGCUAUCAGGUGGAGGAUUGGUCCGUUUGAAUUUGUUCAGCUUCGUACAGGUUAGAUUACUUUCACAGAACACCUAACUAUUCCUUCCGAAAGACAAUUAACAACUAAUUACUUUUCAGGUCCUCAAGGCAUCUUUUUCGUAUUACACAGUGUUUAGGUCUGCGUAGUUCGAAGAGAAAGUAAUUCGAAUUUCAAGGAUCGAACUUUAGUGUAAUUCUUAGACAAAUUAUGUUAGUAAGUCAUGUGUAUUAGUAUCAUUGGCUACUAGUAUAUUUUUUACAUUGUAUUCGGAACAUUUAGUUAUCAUUAACAUUUUAUAUUACAUAGAAAAUACAAUAUUUCUUUCAUUGCGUUUUCUAUUUUAUUAAUUGUAUAUAUAUAUAUACGUAUACGUAUGUAUGUAUGCUCGCAAUGAAGUGUUAACUUGGACGUAAUAGAUAAAGAAUUUUCGAUAAUUCAUAUAGAAACAGCAACACAGUUUAUAUUUUUUUAUUCUAAUUUCCCUAUCGCCAAUAACGGUCGCAGUGCAACAAUUAUCUAAAACGAUAGCUAAAGCGUGA